GGCGAAGCUGUGAGUCCGCUGGAGAGCCGCGGCUGUGAACGGGGCAGAAGAGGACUUUGGGUUAUGUUGACCGAAUAGAAAAAAUAUUUAUUUCUCCAUGAAAGAGAAUAAAAUGAAGCCGAAACGCACCCAGAGGCCAACAGGAGCCAAGUGGGAAGGAAAAGGUGGAAGUGCCGGCGAUAAGACGACGCUGAGCCACAUGAAGAUAACGUCGCUCGUGUCUUCUGCUGCUGCACAAGUCAAACCCUUUGCUGGGAAGGUGUUUUACUUGGACCUGCCGUCAAACAGAAUAGCAGAGAGGCUGGAGGCUGACAUCAAAGACCUGGGAGGGAUUGUUGAGAAGUUCUUCAGUAAGGAAAUUAAGUAUUUGGUGUCGAACAAGCGGGAGGCUCGCUACGUUCGUUGCCUCAGACAUGACUCUCCAGUGCCGAGCCCCGACUCUGGACAGAGUUCACCACAGCCUCGAUCCAACCCGCGCCGACCCGACGUCAGCGGGGACAGCAAAAGCAGGUCCCAGGUUCAAACAGAUGCCUUUGCCACGAGCCGAGGGAAGUCUUUGGUGGAGAGAGUAGUGAAGGAGCAGGAGAGGGUACAAAUGAACAAGAUCCUGUCAAAUGCUCUGGAGUGGGGUGUGAAAAUCCUCUACAUAGAUGAUGUGUUGGCUUAUGUUCAGAAGAAAAAAAGGAUCAUCAGCAGCAGCCAGGUUCCUGCAGCUGCUGCAUCCAAAACAACCAUACGUUCACAGGUCAAAGCUGAGCCAGCAGCAAAGCAAGUCUUUCAGAAAUGCAAAGGGGGGAGGAUCAGUAAACCUUUCAUCAAGGUUGAAGAUUCAAGCAGACACUACCGUCCAAUCUACCUCACGAUGCCAAACAUGCCAGAGUUCAACCUGAAGACUGUCGCUCCCUGCAGCCCCUUCUGUCCCGACGAGAAGGAUCCUGUUGGAACCAAGCAGCGAGGACAUAGAGGUGCGAAGGCCUCGGGCAGCGAGGAGAAAGCUCACGGCCGAAAGAAGAACCGAGACAAGAAACGAGGCGGCUACUGCGAGUGCUGCAUGAUCAAAUACGACAGCCUCACAAUGCAUCUGCAGAGCGACCGUCACAAGGCUUUCUCCAAGAGUGAUAAAUACUCGGUGGUGGACGGACUGGUCUCGGCCCUGAGCUGCAACUUCGUCCACAUCAGAACCAAAGUUAAAAGACCAAAGUGCAGCGUUUCCUCUGUUCUGAUUGUUCCUGGACCACGUGGGAGAACUGACCUCGGGCAGAAGGGAGAUCUUGAUCCCUCAGAGACUGUUGACGGAGACGAGGGAUCGCAUUCAGGACACAAUUUAAAAAAGACAUCGACGCCUGAUUCUGCAUCUCUGAUUCUCAGAGAGCGCUAUCCGAGGAACUGCAACACCUACUGGGACAGGUCCAAGCACAAAUCUCUCGCACGAAAGCGGCCAUGCAGACAGGAUUCUUGUACGCAAAAAGCCAAACAGGCUCAAGUUUCUCGGGUGAAGCUGGAAACGGACCACUCUUUUCCCUUCAGAGUUCCACAGACCGACCAGGAGGACCUAACAUCUCACCAAGACAGGAACACUCGCCUCCGUAGUGUGGAUGCACGGAAUGAAAUAUCCUCAAAAAGCAUCGACGAGGAGACAAAUGUACACGAGGAUCCUGAUUUGAAAAAGGAUCCGUUGCUGUUUGAGGCCGCUAAGGACAGAAAUGUUUCACCAGAGACGGUCGCCGUAAAUAAUCUCUCAGAAAAGGAAGAAGAAGAAGAAAGCCGUCCUACACAAAGCUUCUCUUUGGUCCGAAAGAUUCAGAGGAGAGUCAGAGUUUAUAAGCGCAAGAGACGGAAAGUGGACACGUCCGUUGAAAAGCCGAGAGACGAUCCUGACUCCAUGCUGAGUCUGUGGAAGCUUUUCCAGUCCAGCGAUGACAUGGACGUGGAGUUUCAUGGAUUUCCAGACAAGGAGAGGUCAAAUGAACUGAAGGGAUAAGCUGGACUGUCUGUUCCAGAGACUACGCUGGUCUUUAGAUUUUUGUUGUAUUUGAAAAACAUGUUAAAAAAAAAGACGAUGGAAGGAUCCACACAGGCUUUCGGUUUACCCCCUGCUACUGAUAAACGGCAGCUACUGGUUCACGUUAACAUUUUCUUUGCAGAGUAUAGUAAGCUUUAAAGUGAAAAGAUCACAUCUCAGCAGGAGAAUUACUUUUAACAGUGGUGAUAAAAUGUAAAAUUUUUGACAUUAUACACAUUGUUUUUAUUUGCAACCCUUCGCUGACAUUCAUUUGGCAUUUUGAUUUUAAACUCAAAACAUGCACAAUAUAAAAUAUCACCUAAAUGUCAGAAGAGACGAAUUACAUCACCUUAAUAGUUCCAUUAUUUAACAGUAGAGUAACUUCUAAACUAAUAGUUCAUAUUUACUUUAUUAACAAUACAGACUCCACCGUAAGUUCACAUCUUUCCUUUUUUAACACUUGCUAAUUAAACUUUCUAAUGAUUGGGAUGAAUAUUAUGCUGGAAUAUUCCUCUUCUUCGAACAAUAUAUAUAAAUGUCAUCUCCCAAACAGCUUUUGCACUUAUGCAGCCCCUUAUCAUCAUCAUGCUGCCACCUCCGUGCUUUACUGUCAGGACUAUGCAUUCACUAGAUGCUAGACUCCAUCUAAACCAAAUUAAUCUUGGUCUCAUCCAAGAUGUGCUCCCAACAAUCAUCAGGCUUCUGUUCAGGUUCUUUAGCAGUUUCAUCUUGCAGUUUUGCACCAAAGAGUAAGUAAGGGUGUUUUAUUAGAUGCCGUCCAUUGAGUUUGAUGUUGUGAAGUGUCUGAGCUUCACAGAAACUCUGAUUUCCAUUGAUAACCCCUCUACCAAGUCUGAAGCAGCUGCCUUUGUCUGUUCAUCAGGGUUUUAUUGCGACCACUGCAGCCCUGAUUAGUGCUACUGUGGCUCCUUCUCGACCUCCUGAUCACUGCUGCAGAUGAUUUUUAGUUGAUCUUUCUGUAACAUUUUCCAUCUUUUUAAAGUCUCACAAUCAGAUUUUUCAGCUCCUCUUGUUCAGUUAUUUUCCGUGUGGAGCCAAGAUGUAGACAUGCAGAUAGAAACAGCUCUUAGGUCCAAAAGUGAGGAUCUUUCUGAACCAUAUUUGUGCACUUGGACUGAUUGGACAUCACAGGUGGACUAGUUUUAGUGAUCACAAGUGGAUUCACUUUUGUUGCACUUUGGGGACUAAAUUUUCACUGUGGACUUUCUACAGUACUUGUUUUAAUUGUUCAUAAGAGGAAAUAAUCUACCUUUCAAAUUAGAAAUAAUGCAGUUAUUAAGAAGUGAUAGAUUUUUUACUCUUCUGACAUUUAAGUGAUAUUACACGCUCACUUCUGUUUGUACAUUAUUGUCAUUUUCGUAAUUCUGACAGGGCAGUAAUUUUCCAGCACGGAUACCAUUUAUUGCCACUAGAAAAACAGUUUUACAGAAAGGUUUAUUUUUAUUGUAUUGCGGUCUUUUCCUCUGAAUAGUGAAUGUCUAAAGAGCAACAGUUGGAGGAGAAAAAAAAGGCAGCUCAGGUCAAAACAAUAACCUUUAGCACAUCUUUCCAACCACAGGGGACGGCUGGUGUCUGUGUUACAGUAAUAAAAUACAUGUGCUCAUUGUGUAUAUGUGAUGAAUGUGUGGUAUUUGACAUUUUAGGAUUCGUCCUAAGUGCACUUCUUAAUGACCUGCCUUCACGUGUCUUUUUAUUUAUUUAUUUUCCCCCUGAUGCAUUAGCUCAGCGUCUCCCCUUUUUUCCCUGCGUUUAGUGCAUUAGCGCAGCGUCCUUGUUCCCCCUUGCCGCUCUCAAAUGGACGCUCCGGGUCAAAUGGGAGCCUCUGUGCCACUGGCGUUAAGAAAAUGAGUGUGUUUCUGAGGUACAAGCACAGCAGAACUACAAACGAAAAGGGGUGAACGUGGGCGUUUAUGUCGUACGGAUGGAACCCUGCUGCUGCUGCUGCUGGGAUUUAUCAGCAGAGUGCACAACCUCUACCUUCAAACAUGAUAUACCUGCAGAUUUGAGCUUGUUGCAUAUAGGAGGAUGCCAGUAAACGCCUCAAUAUUAACUAAUAUGCUGAUACUGUCACGAUGCAGAGUUUAUCCACCAGAGGGCGCUGAAAAGUUUAUUUUUCAUUCAUCCCCAUGCAAACUUUUGAUUUAUAGUGACUUUUUUAUUCAUCAAAUAAAACUCUUAAGGCUGGAAAUGGCACAAGAGUAAAAA